AUGGAUGCUUCAAAUCUUUUGCAAGGUCAAGUAGAAUGGAAUUGCACAAAAAAACAAAGCAUUAUUAAGAAAAUUUGCAUUAGUGCCAACACGUUGGCUGUAUCAAGAUUUUUGCAGAGAAAGGAAAUUUGCUAGUGCAUUAAAGGGUUCAUACAGGAGAAAAACCUUUUUAAUGCUAAUUUUGUAACAAGAAAUUUUCAUCUAUUGGGAAUUGUAAAGAUCAUGAAAGAAGACAUGUAAAAGCGAGGUAUACUAUACAAUUGCCGCCUUUGUCAAGCUUCUUACUACAGAAAUUAUCAGUUAGUCAAACAUAUCUUAAAAAGGCAUCCUAACUCACCAGUAAAAGAAAGUUCGAUUAGAUUAACUUCUGGCCAAGGAUGCUAAUAAAUAUCUUUAAUCCUAGAUUUUAAUAAAGUCAAUGUGAACACCUAACAGAUUAUCGAUAUCAAACAAUCUACAAACAAAAAUGACGCACUAAAUCAACAUUAAACCUAAGGUUUAAAGCUAGAUUAUAAUGCCAAAAAAUUUACUAUCUAAAAGUCUCAUUCCAUGUCAAUUAGUGAUAUAAUAACUGAUUCAAAUGAUGGUACUAAGAUAAUGCCUUCAAACUCUAAGAUGAAAUCCAUGAAUUUGUCAGAAUAAAAUAGAUCUACACAAGAGUAGGAUUAUAGUCCUUCAAUAUUCUUGGUUAAAUAGUAAGAUCCUUAAAUAGAUGAUACGAUCUCAGAAUAUUCAUUUGGUGAAUUCGUAUUUGAUUCUUUAAAUUCAUAAUUACAAUCAUCUUAAGAUGAUUAAUAUUGCACUGAUGAGAGAUAUUUUCCAAAUAUAUUGGAAAAUUACUAUGCUGGCUCACCUUAAUUUUGA